AUGAACAAAGUCAGCGCUGCUGAACAGCAGACGAUCAACGCACUACAAGCGAAUUGGGUGUGGGUGCCCGAGUGGACCGACUCUGCGGAUGAGAAUACCGCAGGCCACAUCGUCAAGUUCAGUCGCGAGCUCAACAUUACAUCCAGAGUCACUGACGCCGUCAUCCACUUUUCCGCUGACACGCGCUACAAGCUUUUCAUCAAUGGUAGCCUUGUGACAGUGGGACCCACUCGUGGCAGCACCCAGUUGUGGUACUAUGACACGAUGGACAUUACUCCUUACCUCAAACAAGGAAGAAACGAAGUGCAGUUCUUGGUGCUGAGAUAUUUCGCAGCAGUGAGAGGAGCGAUGCCUUUCGCAAGAACGGCUUUUCCUGGUUUCACUCUAGCUGGCCUUGUUCGGAUGACAGGGCAAUCAAUCGACAUGGCUUCGCUUACGAACUGGAUAGCACAAGUCCAAGCGCAUGUUCGCUUUCCACUUGGCUUAAUUGAUGACUGGUGUCUGCAUAUCAACGAACGAGUAGAACCUCCAGCGCCCAAUAACGUUGUGAGUCCUCGAUCGUACGGGAUGGGCACGCGUAAUGGAGAUAUCUUGCCGUGGCGCCUGCAACCCCGAUCGAUUCCGCUCCCAGAGUUCGAUGAUGUGAGCUGCAAGCCAUUGGUUGUUCACGAGAGCACAUUAUCCUUGGAAGCGUGGACGUCUUUCUUCGAACAUGGGAUACCCCUGGGGCUGUAUGCUGGGACGAAUCAUUGUCUCGACAUCAAGGCUGAUGUUCACUCGACGGCUUUUCUUCGAUGGUGCUUCAAAGCCAGACGUGUGAGCAGAUUGAAGUUGAAGAUGACAUAUUCGGAAGGCUACGAGGCAGAUCCGCGGUCCUAUCCGUUUUUCAGAACUAAGAAUGAUAGACUGGACUGGCAGAAUGGCCACCUCAUCGGCCCGCACGACGACAUUGUGCUGGAUAUCGAUGCUGGACAAGAGACAAUAUAUGAGCCAUUCUGGUUUCGCACGUUCAUGGUCCUGCGACUUGAGAUCGCUAUCGGCGAGGAGACAGUAACUCUGCAAUCUUUCAGUGCCACACAAGCGAAUUAUCCUAUGGCGAUCAAGGCGAGUUGGGCAAAUCCCAGCGAACCUGACAGCAAGCAAUUCUGGGACAUCUCGAUCCGAACAAUGCGCAAUUGCAUGUUUGAUGGAUACUCAGACUGUCCCUUCUACGAGCAGUUACAAUACUCAGGCGACUCUCGCUCCAUAGGCCUUUUCCACUAUCUAUUGUCCGGCGAUGAUCGUCUGAUGAGACAAGCCAUCUCGAUGUAUGCCACAUCCAUUACCGCGGAAGGUCUCACCCAGUCUCGCGUCCCUUCUCAAGGACCUCAGCUCAUCGCCAGCUUUCCAUUGUACUGGAUCUUGACAAUCUGCGAUCAUCAUCUAUACUUCGGAGACGAUGCAUACACCAGAUCUUUUCUGCCGCGGAUAGAUGGCGUGCUUGAGUUCUUCGAGUCAUGCAUUGACGACCGAGGCCUUGUUUCAAAUCUGCCUCCAGAUCUGUGGCAAUUCGUCGAUUGGGUCACGACUUGGGGAGCCACGGAAGAACAUCCGGACAAGGGUGUUCCGACAUCUGGCCGAGGGUCGAACUGCCAUACCUUCUUCAGUCUCUUCUACGCCUGGGUCUUGCAGAAGACAGCGAGUCUUGUCCGAGCAGUUGGACGCCGAGGAUACGCGGAAGAGUACCAACAGCGAGCCCGGUCGGUCAUUCACGCCAUUCGAAAGCAUUGCUUCGAUGGGAGAUUCAUCACAGACUCAACUGCGGAUAUCGCUGAUGAUCUUGCGUACUCGCAACACUGUCAAGUCUUUGGUGUCCUCGCCGGAGUCUUCAACCCCUCUCAACAGGCAAAUAUCCUCCGACACGCAUUCAAGAGAGACGCAGGGUUUGCGAAAUGCUCUUACGUCAUGCAGUUUUACGCCUUCCGAGCCUUCGCAAUGGCGGGACAUGGCGUGUAUGAGGAAAUGUGGCCGGAGGUUUGGGAUCCAUGGAGAAAGAUGCUUCGCAACAAUCUUACGACCUGGGAAGAAGAUGAUGUGCGACAGCGAUCCGACUGCCAUGCUUGGGGAAGCAUCCCGAUCUACGAGUUUUGUACAGAGAUUGCAGGUGUGCAGCCUACACGACCUGGUUGCUCCCAAAUUCUGUUCGCCCCCCGAGUGACUCUUAGCAAGGGCAUUACCGCCAAGAUCGCUUUGGGGAACGAUAACACGGCAACAGUCUCAUGGAAUACAUCAUCCGACGGGACUGUGUCGAUUAAGCUGCAAUUGGACAAAGCUAUCGAGGUGCGAAGCUGUGUUGAUGGGCCUACAAUUGAUCAUGGUGUGGUUGAUCAACUUCAGCUAUUCUUUAACCCGGCAAGUGCAGCUUUAGAAUGUUCACUUAAGGCAGGCUAG